CAGAAACGACAAAUAAAGUUGGGUUUGUUUUGAAUAGCAACACAUCCGGGGAUCUGAGCGUCCUUAGUAGCUGGACUGGACCGCCGCCAGGGAGAGGAUGAUAAUGGACAUUGUCAGAGGCCAGCUUGAUGAGAUUUCACGCCCAGCAUCUGGUUCUCGAACUCGUCCUGGGAGCCGGGUGGCAAGCGGACCAUCACCAGACAGGCGACACUUGAGUGUGCAAUCCUCAGGAGCUAUGGUAGUUUUAACUCCUGAACCAAUUUUACCCCAGGAAAGGUCUGACCCAUUGGAUAAUCAUAUUAACUCCAUGGAUUCCACAGCAAAUUCUUCCUUUGAGAAUUUGGACAGUGAACAUGAAACCUUUAAUGAGCAAGAUGGAGUGAACAAUUUGGAUACUGACAGUGUAGAUGCUAGAACACCCAAUGAGUCUCAGUUAUCACCAGAGGAACAUUUGGAUUCCAUUAUUAUACGGGAGAUGCAUAUUUCAGACAAAUCAGAAAUUCUAUUUACUUCAGCUGAUUGUGAAGUGGAUUCAGAGAAUCAUUUGUCUACUGCAGGUCAAACCAAACCAUCGAAGGAGGAAUCUGACCAUAAUAAGCAAGCAGAUUUGGACCAUAAAGGUGAAGAUGCCCAACUUGAAGAGGCAAUAGUGAAAAUGAAAAAACUGGAUAAAAUUUUGGUUAUGAAGCAGGAGAAAGAAAGGCAAGUGAAGAAACAAGGAGAAGAGCUAAGGAAAAAGCUUUGGGAGGAGCUUGAGGAAAAAAGUGAGAAAGAGUCUCAGAAGAAAGCAAGCAGCAGGAAUAUGAACAUGGGAAUCUCUGUUGCAGAAAAUAGUGAGGAAUUAGUGGUGUGUCCUGAGGUGGCAGAAAACACUAAAAAUUUUCUAGCUUUGACACCGACCGGGAAUGGUGCAGACAUGGAGGUUACACCAAUAUUCCACACACAGCUCCCUAUGGAGGAAUAUGAAAGAGAUAACAAAGAAAGAGACCAAGACUACCAAGACAGUAGUGAAAGAGUUAAAUUAACUUCAGAAACCAACUCUAAAAGUGUCCAUUACAAAGACCAAAGGAACCAAAUGUUCCCCCAAAAUAGGAUCAAAGUUAAAGAUUUUGUUAAGAAGAACAUUGAGUUGGCAAAAGAAGCAAAGAACCCUGUGCUACUGACUGAUGAUGAGAAAAAAAGAUUAGCAGAUCUAUUAAUGGAUGUUGAAGCCGAUUCAUCAAACAAUGAAGACACUUCAGUUCCUUGGGCAUUAUCUGUGGCAGAAAGAGAAAGAUACACUCCAGAACCCAUGGUUCAACAACAUUUGGCUGAGAUAGAUGCCAAACUACAAGUUUUCAAUUUGGAUGAUGAUUUCCCUAUGACUACCAGCUCAUUAUCCAUUUUACAAAACCAGAAUUAUCAGCAACAGGCUUACAAUCAAUUCGACAUUCAAAUUGACAUUGGUUGCAGAGAAUAUUUGCCUAAAGGAGCAGGUUGGAAAAAGGUUGCAAGUGUGGUCGCAUCAUUACUGAAGAAAAACCAAGGCAUGCAGUUGGCACAGUUGCUUCCUACUAGAGGCAGGAUCUGGGAUUUUAUAGAUGUAAACGAAAGUGCUGUAAGAAACCGCAUAUUUUUCAUUUUUUAAGUUAAACAAUAAAUUGAAAUGGAAGUGGGACUGAUUUAAUUUAAUAAACAGAAAAAUAUUGCAACUUGAUAAAGCAAAGAAUGCAUAUUGUUGAGCUGUGCCAUGCAAUGUUCCUUUACGGAAGUGAAAAUAAGGGGAAGUCAAGACUGAAUGGCACCAAAAAUCUUUCAAGUUGAGAAGAUUCUACCUGCAACAGCUGUCUGGUUGAGCUGUAGAGCUUUGAAAAGCUGUAAGUGCCAAAGUGAAAUCAUUCAGCCUGCAUACAGCAUCCUGUUUCCUUUUCUCUUUCCGUGUGGGGAAGAAAAGACCUCCCAGAAAGCUUUGAAGAAAAAAAUCUUGAAAGAAAACCCUGAUCAACUAUCAAAUUAAAGGAUGACCAUCUUCAUAUGGAAAACAGCAUCUCGUCAUUGCAAAAAUCAAAAGUAAAAUGGCUUCAAAGACAUUGAAAGGACAAAUCCACAACCACCGAGUGAAAGACAUAGAUGUUGACAGAAGUUUGCUUGUGCACUUAAGACUUGAAAGAAAGCAAAAGAAAACAACUCGCUGAAUCCUGUUGUCACUGAAUCCAAACUGGUGCUAUUGAACUGAGCCCGUUUUUCUUUCUUUUUCCACCCUUAAUAUCCAGGUCUUGCUGCUUUGUGUGUCUGUCUGUUUGUGAAUGGGAGUAUUUAACAAGAGGUUGAGUUAGCCAUUCCUAUUUCCUUUUUGCCAUUGGUUAAAGA